CAUUCACAGCAACACUACAAUUAAUUUCCAUGCACAGACACAGCUAACAAACACCAAUCAGAAUACCAAUUGACACCUUUCUUCUUUUCAUUUUCCCAAACUUGUAACAAACUCCAUCGCAAGGACAUUUCCGUCUUCUCAGAUACUCUUCAAGAUUCACUAACUUCUUCCUUUUCAAGUUUCUUCUCUCAAAACAAAUAUCAAAACUCACUCACUCGUUCACUCACACACUCUCUCUCUAAUUCUCAUUCUUCUCAUCAAAGAUUCAAAAACCGUUAUAGAGAGAGAAAACAGUUACAGAGAGAGAAAUGGCAGCUUCUGAUGGAAGUGAAUAUUUCGAAAUAGGAUCCGUCGGAAGCGAGAGUUUUGCUUUUACGAGAGCUUCCAACGCCGAUACGUUGGAGGAAGAUGAACAAGAGCUUCAUUGGGCGGCGCUUUCACGUUUACCGUCUCAGAAACGAAUCAACUACGCUGUCCUCCGUGCUUCUUCCACCAAUCGUCAACCGACGCCGGAAAACGCCGAUAAAUUAGUCGACGUUAGAAAAUUGAAUCGGUUCCACCGUGAACUCGUCGUUAAAAAAGCACUCGCUACAAAUGAUCAAGAUAAUUACGCUCUUCUUUCCGCCGUUAAAGAACGUCUCAAUAGGGCUGGAAUUGAGGUACCGAAGAUUGAAGUUAGGUAUACGAAUUUGAACGUUAGUGCCGAUGUUCUAAUCGGUUCACGAGCUUUACCAACUUUGUUCAAUUACACUCGUGAUGCAUUAGAGGGUAUUCUAACGAAUUUGAGGUUAUUUCGACCUAAACGGCAUUCACUUACUAUUUUGGACAAUGUUAGUGGCGUCAUCAAACCAGGAAGGAUGACGUUGCUACUUGGACCUCCAGGUUCGGGAAAAUCUUCUUUACUGAUGGCUCUCGCGGGAAAGCUUGAUAAUAACUUGAAGAAAACUGGUAGUAUAACAUACAACGGCCAUGAGAUAGAUGAGUUUUAUGUUAGAAGGACUUCUGCAUAUAUUAGCCAAACAGAUAAUCACAUUCCUGAAUUGACUGUAAGAGAAACUCUGGACUUUGGUGCUAGAUGUCAAGGUGCAGAAGAAGGUUUUGCUGCAUAUACGAAAGAUCUGGCUCGCCUUGAGAAUGAAAAGAACAUACGGCCUAGUCCAGAAAUUGACGCAUUUAUGAAGGCAUCCUCUGUCGGCGGUAAAAAGCACAGUGUGAACACUGAUUAUAUUUUGAAGGUUCUUGGUCUCGAUAUAUGUUCGGAUACAAUAGUUGGUAAUGAUAUGGUCAGGGGAGUCUCUGGGGGCCAAAGAAAAAGAGUUACGACAGGAGAAAUGAUCAUUGGUCCUCGUAAAACACUAUUUAUGGACGAAAUAUCAACUGGGCUUGAUAGCUCUACUACAUACCAGAUAGUGAAAUGCAUAAAGAAUUUUGUUCACCAGAUGGAGGCUACUGUUCUCAUGGCACUACUUCAGCCAGCUCCUGAAACAUUUGAGCUAUUUGAUGAUUUAGUGCUCCUGUCAGAAGGGCAUGUUAUAUAUGAAGGCCCUCGAGAAGACGUGCUUGAAUUUUUUGAGUCAAUAGGUUUUCAACUUCCACCGCGCAAGGGCAUUGCAGACUUCCUUCAGGAGGUCACCUCUAAAAAGGAUCAAGCACAAUACUGGUCUGAUCCUUCUAAACCAUAUGAAUUUAUCCCAGUUCGUGAGAUUGCAGAAGCCUUUAGAAAUUCUAGAUUUGGAAGGUAUAUGGACUCCUUACAAGCUCAACCAUAUGAUAAAUCGAAGUGCCAUCCUUCAGCUUUGGCUAAAAAAAAAUAUGCUGUGUCAAAAUUGGAGGUCACAAAAGCUUGCUUUACCCGAGAAAUCCUUUUGAUCAAAAGGCAUAGUUUCCUUUAUAUUUUUAGAACCUUCCAGGUUGCUUUUGUUGGAUUCGUCACAUGUACAGUAUUCUUGCGAACAAGGCUGCAUCCUACAGAUGAGGUUUAUGGGAACCUUUAUCUUUCUGCACUAUUUUUCGGACUUGUUCACAUGAUGUUUAAUGGGUUUUCAGAGCUGCCUUUGAUGAUAAGCAGGCUCCCAAUAUUUUACAAGCAAAGAGAUAAUUUAUUCUAUCCUGCAUGGGCAUGGUCUUUUACCAGUUGGAUUCUCCGUGUACCUUACUCUGUUAUUGAGGCUUUUAUAUGGACAGCUGUUGUAUAUUACACUGUUGGAUUUGCCCCUGCAGUGGGAAGGUUUUUUCGCUACAUGUUUAUACUUUUUGUAGUGCACCAAAUGGCAUUAGGUCUUUUCGGGAUGAUGGCUUCUAUUGCACGAGAUAUGGUUCUUGCCAAUACAUUUGGCUCAGCUGCGCUGCUGAUCAUAUUCUUGUUGGGAGGAUUUAUCGUACCUAAAGGAAUGAUUAAGCCAUGGUGGAUUUGGGGCUACUGGUUGUCACCCCUUACAUAUGGACAACGUGCGAUUACAGUUAAUGAGUUUACUGCUACCAGAUGGAUGAAGAAAUCAGCAAUUGGGAACAACACAGUUGGUUACAACAUCCUCAAUUCACACAACAUACCAAUUGAUGAUUACUGGUAUUGGGCUGGUGCUGGAAUUUUAAUACUCUAUGCAGUUCUAUUCAAUACCAUGGUCACUUUGGCCUUGGCUUAUCUGAAUCCACUUCAAAAGGCACGCACAGUUAUUCCUCUUGAUGAUGGCUCGGGAAAGAAUUCAUCAGAUGAUGUUAGUAUUCAAGUCUAUGAAAUGAAUACCAAUUCCAGGUCUACAAGAGACAACAGUAAUACGAAGGGAAUGAUUCUUCCAUUUCAACCAUUGACAAUGACAUUCCAUAAUGUCAAUUAUUAUGUUGAUAUGCCGAAGGAAAUAAGAAAGCAAGGCAUACCUGAAACAAAGUUGCAACUCUUAUCAGAUGUGAGCGGAGUUUUUUCACCGGGUAUCCUUACAGCAUUAGUGGGGUCUAGUGGGGCAGGAAAAACCACACUGAUGGAUGUACUUGCUGGCAGGAAAACUGGAGGGUAUAUCGAAGGGAACAUCAAAAUAUCUGGUUAUCCAAAAGAGCAACGGACAUUUGCCAGAAUAUCGGGAUAUGUUGAGCAAAAUGAUAUACAUUCUCCUCAAGUUACAAUUGAGGAGUCACUGUGGUUUUCUGCAUCUCUUCGCCUUCCAAAGGAUAUCAGCAUUGAUAAAAGACGUGAAUUUGUUGAACAAGUAAUGAAACUAGUUGAGCUUGACUCUUUGAGACAUGCUUUGGUUGGUAUGCCAGGCAGUUCUGGCUUAUCAACAGAGCAGAGGAAGAGAUUAACAAUUGCAGUGGAGCUUGUAGCAAAUCCUUCCAUUAUUUUUAUGGACGAGCCUACAUCUGGACUUGAUGCACGUGCAGCAGCUAUCGUUAUGCGAACUGUUCGCAACACUGUCGAUACUGGAAGAACUGUGGUUUGCACCAUACAUCAACCAAGUAUUGAUAUUUUUGAAGCAUUUGAUGAAUUACUUCUUAUGAAACGUGGGGGACGAGUUAUUUAUGGGGGAAAGCUUGGUGUGCAGUCACAGAUAAUGAUAGACUAUUUUCAGGGAAUCAGUGGUAUCCCCCCUAUUCCAACUGGCUACAAUCCAGCUACCUGGGUACUUGAGGUCACUACAGCUGCUGUUGAAGAGAGAAUUAAUUCAGAUUUUGCAGAUAUUUACAAGAAUUCAGCACAAUUCAGGGGAGUGGAGGCUUCUAUUUUGGAAUUUGAGCAUCCUCCUGCAGGAUUCCAACCACUCAAGUUUGACACAAUGUAUUCACAAAAUCUGCUGUCUCAAUUUUUUCUGUGCUUAUGGAAACAAAAUCUUGUGUACUGGAGAAGCCCAUCAUAUAACGCGAUGAGGCUAUACUUCACCACAAUCAGUGCUUUGAUAUUUGGUAGUGUAUUUUGGGAUAUUGGUUCAAAGAGAGCAACAACUCAAGAGCUGUUUGUGCUUAUGGGAGCUCUUUAUUCCGCGUGCUUGUUUCUUGGGGUAAACAACGCUUCUUCUGUACAGCCGAUUGUUUCAAUAGAAAGGACAGUAUUUUAUAGAGAGAAAGCAGCAGGAAUGUACUCUCCAUUGGCAUAUGGAGCAGCCCAGGGGCUUGUAGAACUACCAUACAUUGCUUUUCAGACAUUAGUGUUUGGCUUAAUAACAUAUUCUAUGGUCAAUUUUGAGAGGACAGCCGAGAAGUUUUUCCUCUAUCUAUUGUUCUUGUUCCUAACCUUUACCUACUUCACCUAUUACGGAAUGAUGGCUGUUGGUCUUACACCUUCUCAACAGUUAGCUGCUGUUAUUUCUUCAGCAUUUUACUCCCUGUGGAAUCUUCUUUCUGGUUUUCUUAUCCCCAGAGCGAAUAUUCCUGGAUGGUGGCUUUGGUUCUAUUAUAUCUGCCCUGUUCAAUGGACGUUACGUGGUAUUAUCACAUCUCAGCUUGGCGAUGUGGAAACAAAAAUUGUGGGACCGGGAUUUGAAGGCACUGUGAAAGAGUAUUUAGCUGUAAGUUUCGGAUACGAUGACAAAAUCAACGGAAUUUCAUCAGUCGGUGUUUCUGUGAUAGUCCUUAUUGCAUUUAUUGUCCUGUUCUUUGGUAGUUUUGCCGCAUCGGUCAGAUUUUUGAAUUUCCAGAAGAGAUAAAAUAUGCAUAUUUAGGUUUGCAAUAGGGGCAGCUACUUUUUGACAUCAUAGUAGUAGAUAGAUGAUUUAUGCAUUAGAUCAGGUUUUAGAUGCUACGAAAUUCAUGAGGAAGGUACUCGAGAGAAUUAUCAUUACACGAGGUCUGGUUAUUGAGUAUUAUGUGUGAGAACCAGAUGUUUUCGUGUUUUUGGGUCCUGCCGAUUACAAAAGGAAUUCCAUUUUUGAGAAUGAGUUUCAUAAUAAGGUGAACAUUGGAGAAAGAUUGUUAGCAUCCAUCUUUGAGCACUGACUUAACUUAAUAAAACACCUUGUUACUGAUUCAAUGUACUUCUCUAUUAUAAAUUAGCAGUUUGACCUUACCAAAACACUAGUGUAUUCAUAUAGAGUCUUGAUAUGCAUACCAUCUAAACUAAAAAUUAUGUAAG